AUGAGUCUUUUUCAAACAGAAGUAAGGUUCUUGGGACAUCUUAUUUGCCAGGGAAAAAUCACUCCUAUUCAGCGAUCUAUUGAAUUCGCAUCAAAAUUUCCUGAUAUAAUUACUGAUAGAACGCAGUUUCAGCGUUUUCUGGGAAGUUUGAAUUAUAUUUCUCCCUUCUACAAGAACUUGUCUCGCGAUAUGGCUCCAUUAUACGACAGGCUGAAAAAGGAGCAUAAAAAACCGUGGAUUGAUAGUCUCACAAAUCUUGUUAAAGCAAUCAAAGAAAGAGUUAAGUCUUUACCUUGCUUAACCCUUGCCAAUCCCGCUUGGCCUAAAAUAGUAGAGAAAGAUGCGUCCAACAUAGGUUAUGGUGGAAUUUUGAAACAAAUUAACCCUCAUGAUAAGCACGAAUACCUUAUUCGGUUUCAUUCAGGAAAAGGGAGCGAUGCUCAACGAAAAUAUGCAACGAAUGGAACACCAUUGGAUGACUAA